UAUAUUGUUUGUGAUAAUCCACGUGAGGAUUGUGUCGAAAAAGUGAAAGAUUAUAUGACAAAAAUUAACAAUGAACUGGACCGAUUAUCGGAAGACAAAACAACGGAUGUACGGGAAGUUGUGCCAGAAAGCGUGAUCCGCGCCGAUGAGACAUUCAUGAGUUAUAUUCGAGAACACAAUGAAAAUACGGCGAAAAGACAGACGCACUAUUUGACCAAAUACAAAAUUUUUGCCCAAAAUGCGGGACAGCUGGAUAAGGAUCAAGAAAAAUUACGUGAGGAAUGCCUGCGUUAUUGGAAGAUUCCGGAUAUCACCAAAAAAAGGCCAUCUGAAAUGCACGAAUCAUUGAAUAGUGCAGUGAGUCGUCUCAUCAAACAGGUAAUCGAAUUCGAGGAUAUGCGACGUCAACCACCACCACUAACGCAUAGUGUUUUGUCUUCGGAUAAUGCCAGUAGAAUUCGAUAUGCCGAAUUACGAAUGUGUGCGCUCACUGAAAAAGAUCUCCCUGUCCUACUUCUUUCUGUUGUAAGCAAAUUUUUGCUUUUUUCCAAGCCUCAGAUGUAGGG